AUGUCUACGUCGAAUUACUCCCUGAAGGUCAACAGGGAGCUGUUGGACCCCGGCUUUGAAAGUUACAGGUUAUCUCUGGACGCCAUACCAUCGUACAGCGUUGAGCUGGAUGCUGCUGUGGAGGAAGUGAAGCUGAAGGACACUCACUACACCCUGGAGCACAUGCGUGCUUUUGGCAUGUACAACUACCUCCACCUGGACCCGUGGUAUGAAGACAGCGUUUUGUUUGUGGACUGCAAAGGACGGGUUCUCGGCCUCACUGUCACACUGGACACCGCCCUGGGGAAGCCAGUAGAGUUCUACCGUAUAACCGCCAACUCUAGCCAGAGCGAGCACCGCCUCUGUGCGUCGCUCAGCCUCACCUCAGCCACCUGGGCGGCUCUCUCCGACGGCGCCGGCAGACUCUACCUCCUCCGCACCGGCAAGAGGGGAGACAGCUCCCAUACCAAGUGGGAGCCUCUGUUCAGUGAAGACACAGGGGAGCCGUUCACUGUCCUCCACAGCAUCUCGCAUGUCCAGGAGGGAGUCCACACCAUGGAGGUCCUGCUGCUGCGCAUCCAGAAGGACCCGCAGGAAGCCAAAGGGAGUGGAUACUCCGUGUCUCUUGAGUGGAUCACAGUCGCCAACACAGCAGCGCAAGGGCCGGAGAAGAAGUAUGAGGUGAAGAAGAGGAGGGUCCUCAGGGGGAAGUCGGUGCCUCACUACGCUGCGGUGGAGCCGCUGGGGAAGGGGCUGAUGGUGGCCUCCGAGAAACCCUUUGCCUUCACACAUGUGGACGGCCGCCCUGUGGAGCUGCCCCACCCGGAGCCCAUGGAGGUGGAGAAGACAGAUCCCAUUUACUUCUGGCAGCAGACCGAGGAGGACGUCACGGUGUGCGUGCGCAUGCCCGAGGGGGUCACCAAAGAGGAGGUGCAGUUCAGGCUGACAGCGGACCACAUCAGGCUCGGGGUCCAGGGUUUCCCCUUGAUACUGGAGGGCCAGCUGCACUCAAAUGUAGACCCGGAUGCCAGUGCCUGGAUCAUCAAGGACGACAAAAGCCUGGAGGUGACCCUGCAGAAGCGCAGCGAGGGGCCCCUGUGGUCGGAGCUGGUGACGGGGGACAAGAGAGGGGAGUAUGUGAUGAGCGACCAGCAAGCCGCCCUCAUCCACGAGAGACUGACCUUCCUCACCUCCGAAGACCUGGACGCUGCCCCUGACGGGAACAAGCCCCCUUGUAACUCUCAGGAGCUGGAGGACUGUGAUGUGUUCCCAGAAGACGGCUCGAGUCUCACACACUUUGACGGAGAAUCACUGAAGCCCACUCGGGUGGUGAAUCUGGGCAGCCACCAGUACCUCUUCUCAGUGGACGUGAACCCCUCUGAAAUGCCCUGCUUCUGCCUCAGACACGAUGUGGACGCUCUGGUGUGGCAGCCUCGUCCCGACCAACCCAGUGACAUGUGGGAGCACGUGGCCACGUUCAACGCUUUGGGCUACGUCCAGGCGUCCAAACGGGACAAAAAGUUUGCGACCUGCGCCCCCAACUUCUCCUACGCCACGCUGGGCGAGUGUCUCCGCCGGGCCUUCAUCUACCGACAGCCGGCGCCGGUGGAGACGGUCCUCUUCAACCGGAAGCAGGGCCGUCAGGUGGGACAGGUCGCUAAGCAACAAGUGGCCAGCCUGGACUCGGAUGAGCCAAUCCUCGGCUUCAGAGCAACCAACGAGAGGCUGUACGUCCUGACCUCCGGGCGCCUCUUUGUUCUAAAGGUCAAUAAUAAUUAGAUGUAGGGACUUAGUUUUAGACAAACCCCCUCCUCCCCCCUCCCUCCUUCCUCCUCCCUCCUCCCUCCUCCCCCCUCAGAGCUUGAUCCUUUCAAACUGAAGAUCUGUCAUCUGGGUUUUUACAUUUGAGCUGUCUGUACUGAAGUUUUUGUUUGUUUCACCUCCCACAAGAUGUCUGUGGUCAAAAAGUGAAGAAUCAAGAAUGU